GGCGGCGGCGGUGGCGGCUGCGGCUCUAGUCCGAGGCUUCGGCGGCGCCCGCGCGCCGCGCCGCAGCCAUGGCCCUGGUGACCCUGCAGCGCUCGCCCACGCCCAGCGCCGCCUCCUCCUCCGCCAGCAACAGCGAGUUGGAGGCUGGCAGCGAUGAAGAUCGCAAGUUAAACCACAGCUUAAGUGAGAGUUUUUUCAUGGUGAAAGGAGCAGCCCUCUUCUUACAACAGGGAAGCAGCCCUCAAGGCCAGCGGAGUCUUCAGCAUCCCCACAAGCAUGCAGGGGACCUGCCUCAACAUCUUCAAGUAAUGAUCAACCUUCUGCGUUGUGAAGAUAGAAUCAAGCUGGUAAGAAGAGACGCGAGUG